GCUGGUGUUAUUGAUUUAAAGUAUUUUGUAGUGUAGUUAUGUGUGGAUUUAAGUGAAAGAUUUGAUCAAAAUUGUUUCAUUUUAUAUGUUUAAUAUUUUUUAGUACAAUUACCAUUUUAUAAUUUUUAUAUUUGUGAAUAAAUACGCUAAAGAAUAAAUUGAUAAUUCCAUAGAGAUAGCUAUGUUAAGUUUUUAGAUUAUAUCAAAUCUAAAAUUUCCUUAAAUUUUGAAAUUAAAUUUUUUGAAAGAUUUCAUUAAUAGCCGGUGAGGAUUUUCUUCUGAUUUUCCUUUUCCGUUUCUCCUUCUUUGUCUUCCUCGGCUCCAUCGCAUAUAACCCGUUUUCAGUUGGACUGAUAAGAAUUGUUUUUGAAAUAGACUGACUCGUGACCCGACGACUAAUUUACCAAUAAGACAUGAUUGCCAUAUUCUACCACAUGGCACUUAUUAUGUGUUGUAAAAACAUGAAGCGGAAACUGCAAGAUGAUGACGACUAACAUAGUGUUGCAAAUAUAAUCUUCAAAACUCACAUAAACAUUCGACCAAAAAAAAAAUUUCACAGAAGCAUGAAUACAUCUUCCAUGGUGGUUCAUCGAAACAUUAAAAAUAUAUACCUCGAGACUCACGUUUAAGACUUUAGUGUAUAUUAGAGGAAUAUUGUACCUAGGUAAUGUAGAAAAUAAUAAUCAUAACACAGCACGUAUAUCUAGAUGGGUGUGUUGACCAAUUCUAAUCGAACAUAGAUUUUGGUUGAUAUAAUAGGAUUAAAUUAUUAAUAUUUGGUUGUAUAUAAUAGGUUAGACCAAAAUGAGCAGGGUGCAAAAUAUUAAUGAUCUAUCUAUAUUCCUAUAUAUGAGGAUUACAAUAUAUAUUCUUUUCAAAAUAAAAUUCGUUGUUAGAUAUGAAUGAAUAAAAUAUUAAAUUAAUAGAAAAAAUAUUAAUAGAUGUACAAUUAUGAUUACAUAUUUUGCGUUAGGCCAUUUAAAAUUUAAAUGACAACAGUAAAUAAAAAAUAUGAUUUUAAAUUAAUAGAUUAGAUAUUCACAGUCACUAUUCAUAUCGAAAAAAGAAAAUUUAGAAAUCAGAUAUUAAACGUGGCAAAUCUAUGUUCCAGUGAAAAAUGGAAACAAUCACCUGAACCUUGUAACGGCUGGAUUAUCACCAAACCUAAGAUUCGACUUUUUCCCGAACCUAAUUGAAAAAAGGAAAUAGAGAAACUUGAAACCCAAGUAAGCGGCUUAUAAAUACUGAGAGCCUCAUCGUUGUUCAGAGUAACGAAAACACGAGAAAUUCUAUCUGAAGAGAGUGAGAAAGAAAGAUGAAGAGAUCUAUGUCUUAUUCCAGUAACACCAGCAGUCAAUUAGGUCAAUGGGAUGAUGACAACUACGACUCGGACCAUGCUCACAAGAAGCGUAAAACAGAGAGCGUGACAGAGGACGACGCUGAUUCGUCGACCAAGACGAGCCCUUUGAAGGAUCAAUUAACCCUAAAUAGCAAUAAUAUUCCAGAAAGCGAUUCGUGGGUGGUGACUCGCUUUUUAGGAAAAGGCUCGUACGGAUCUGUUCACUUAGCCGUGAGAACCACCAAGGGAGAAGAAGAGUCUCUUCCUCAAGAGAUGGUAAUCAAAACGUCCGCGUUCUCACAGGCUUCACAACUCGAGAACGAGAAGAGAUUCUUAAACCGUCUCGAAAAUAACCCAUACGUUGUAUCCUACUACGGCAAAAAGAUCACACUCGACAAGAAGAGUAAGAAGAUGUUAUACAACACGGUUCUCGAGUACUGUCCCGGUCAAUGCCUCGCUAAGAAAAUCAAACGCCACAAAGGUAUCGGGUUACCAGAAGAAGAUGCGAAGAGAUUCGCUCUCGACAUCUUGAUUGGUCUCAGGUAUACCCAUGCAAAGAAUAUCAUCCACUGCGACAUAAAACCAAAGAACAUCUUACUCGCGGAAGAGGUUACAGGAUUGAGAGGGCCUUAUGGGUUUUUAGCGAAGAUCUCUGGUUUUGGGAAAGCGAUGGAGAAAGGGUCGAGUGAGUACGGUGAUGGAUGGGGUCAUAGGAGAGGUACGACACGGUUUAUGUCGCCAGAGCUUAUAGGGGACAAUAUUUUGGACUAUGGUGCGGAUGUUUGGGCCUUUGGAUGUACGGUUCUUGAGAUGUUGACAGGAGAACGGGUUUGGAGUGAGCAUGGAGAGCUUGUUUGGGAAGAUUGGAUAACUCUCAUCGGUGUAAGCGAUAUGGUUCCAUAUAUCCCUGAGACUUUGUCUAAAGAAGCUAAAGAUUUUCUGUCAAAGUGUUUGCAGAAAGACUCCUCCCAAAGGUGGGAUGUUGAUAGCUUGAUGAAACAUCCGUUUCUUACUUGGAAUAACGAAUACACCAAAGAGGAAGAAGAAGAAGAAGAAGAAGAAGAAGAAGAAGAAGAAGAAAUAUUUGAUGAGGACAUCGAAGGAGGAGCAAUUGAAAUAGAUGAAGAAUACCCUAAAGAGGAGGAGUUGGAAGAAGAAGAUCUGUGACAAGAUAAAAAGAUGGAUGUCCAUGUCAAUUAGUCUUAUUUCAUUAUUUGUGUGUUAUUACUUCGAACUCUGGUUGAUUAUUGUAAGAAUAAUAUAUUUUCAGUUGCAGUGAAUUAAUUGAAUAUCCUAAAAGCUUGAUUAAGGAAUAUAUCUAUUAAGUUUCAGUUGUACUUAAGUAUCGUCACUGGACUGCAAAUUUCAUGGAAUAUUAUACAAAAACUAAAUUGUACUGAUUAACAGUAAGCUGAAUCAGAAUAUUCUGACAAGAUGUGAUGUCUAAAACCAAAUAGGUCGUGUCUUGGUAGUAUGUAUAUGACAAAAUGAGGAAACAUGAACUUGUUUAGAUGAUUCCAAUUCUGUUAUACACAAUCUUGUUUGCAAUAAACAACCAAAAAGUUGGUGUCUUCUUGGUGCCACUGGGGGUCUAAUCAAAGUGUUGACUCUCUUGGUGCCACUGCAUCCUUAAACUUCUUCUUGUCGGCUUUGAUGUCCGGAAUGAAUACAAGGGUUUUGUUGCCUACAGUCUUCUUCGUUCGCAGAGUCAGUACAUGACGAGUUGCUAGUGGUCAAGCUUGUUUCACGGUGGAACAUUGAGUGUUUUGAGUACCAGAGUUCGCUUCUUUUAAAACAUUCAUCUUAUCUAAACUAGCUGCUUUUGAAACCUUCAUCUCCUGCAAGUGUUAGUGAUUGUAAGCCAUACGCUAGCUUGGACCAGGAAAUAAAGAAACAGAGAAUCAUAUAGAGACCAAACUUGUCCACUAUGUAUAGUCAAAGAAAAUUUGAAUCUCAAGAAAAAGUUUCAGGGAAAACUAACAUGGAACAGUUACUCCAAAAUAUGAGUGACAUAUACUCAAGUUACAAGAAGUUACCAUCUACAAAAACAAACAAAACAGGUUCCAAAAAUUACAAAGGAAGCAGAGCACAAUGUUUUCACAAGAUGUGGUUUAAUAACGUACAAAAUAUAUCCAAUCAUUCCUUCCCUUUUAUAAUAUAUAUAUGUAUAAGUAAAGAGAUCAUACGAAUAGCGUUUUGAAAGGUCCAUUAUACAGAACAAGGACAUCUAGAAAAGAGACAUCGCUACUCCAAAUUUGCCUAACAAACUUCUAAAGUAAU